AUAAGAACAAGCUUAUUUUGACAAUAGAUGGAUGACUUGGCUUUCAAGAAUUUAAUUAGUGCUUUCCUUGCAAUGCAGUAGCAAAGUCUCUCGCGAUACUCUCUAUGAAGCUGUCCGGGAGGUCCUUCAGGGAUCCCAGCAGAAGCCUCGCAAGUUCCUGGAAACUGUGGAGCUGCAGAUCAGUCUGAAGAACUAUGACCCUCAAAAGGACAAGCGUUUCUCUGGCACUGUCAGGCUAAAGAGUGCCCCUCGGCCCAAGUUUUCCAUCUGUGUGCUUGGUGACCAGCAACAUUGUGAUGAGGCCAAGGCUGCUGACCUCCCUCACAUGGAUAUCGAGGCUCUAAAGAAACUGAACAAGAACAAAAAGAUGGUUAAAAAGCUUGCAAAGAAGUAUGAUGCUUUCCUUGCCUCUGAGUCCCUCAUUAAGCAGAUUCCUCGUAUUCUGGGCCCUGGUCUGAACAAGGCUGGCAAGUUUCCCUCCCUCCUCACUCACAAUGAGAACAUGAUCACCAAAGUAGAUGAAGUCAAAUCAACCAUCAAGUUCCAGAUGAAGAAGGUCCUGUGCUUGGCUGUUGCAGUGGGACAUGUUAAAAUGACUGAAGAGGAACUGGUCUACAACAUUCACUUGGCCAUCAACUUCCUGGUGUCACUGCUGAAGAAAAACUGGCAGAAUGUGCGUGCCUUGUACAUCAAGAGUAGUAUGGGCAAGCCCCAACGCCUCUACUAAAUGUUCUGUUCAAUGUUAUAAAAAAUAAAUACUUCAUAGCA